ACAAGAGACUUCCAGAAAGAAUGGAGGGAUGGUUUGCGUGACAUAUGAAACGCAGUCGCACAUCAACAAGCAGCCGGGCUUCGGGUACGUGGCCACGGCCUCUGUGGUGCUGGUGCUGCUGAUGGCGACUGAGAGGAACCGGAGGGGAGCGCCCCCCGAGCCCGCGGCUGCCGCCGAGAUCCAAAUGGUAAUUCUGGCAUUUGAAUACUGUAAGGAGACAAUUUGUCAUGCCUGCAUUGUGGAAAUGGUGUUCCAAGUGAAAGGCACAGCAUACAGUUGAAGCAGCACAUACCGGUGUUUCAGGGAGAGCGUCUGAUAUGUUAAAUAGAAGCUAUCUUUGUUGGGUUGUUUUCUGCCUUAAUGUCAAUCGAUAUGUUGGAAGUUAUCAAAAAGUUCAUGAGAAAUCCAUUUCAACUUCUAAUGAAGAAGGAAGAAUUGACCCUUGAAAGGACCAGUAUUUUAUAAUAUUUUUGAAAGAGGGUGGUGACAGUGAAAGAAAGAAAGAAAGAAAGAAAGAAAGAAAGAAAGAAAGAAAGAAAGAAAGAGGCAUUAUCAGGAAGGAAUUCAGGUAUGGGACAAACCACAUCUUGAUUACUGCCAACUUACUGGUAUUUCAAUUCCUCAUUUAAUUACAGUCAUCUGCCAAAAGUUGGUUUUGAGGGGAAGAUUUAGAGCAGUCUUUGUCAGCUCAAGCUAUGUGGGGAAAUAAAGCCCACACUCCACAGUGAGCUGUAUGAUUUCUAUGCGGUUCAUUACCGUUUUGUGGCCUGGAAGAGUGUGCAGCAGCUGCUGUUUAAAUCAGAACUUGAACGUAUACUACCGUGAUCUCAGGCUCAUGAUUUUUAUGUACAAUGGCAUCUAUGGUUAUAAACUAUGUACCGCCCACCACUUGUGGAAACUGUAUUCUCAACUGAAUAUUUGUCAUCUUCAUUGAGUAUUUGCCUUUAUUCUGGUGAAAUAAAUUUAUGUGUUGUUGUUCAAGUGUGAUUCUGUUAGCCAGACAACCUUUAAAAUCAGGUAUAUGAAUGAGGACAACAAUCUUAUCAUCUAGUAACAUGGUAAGAUGUAUUUAAAUUCUACUUGGAGAGAUUCAUGGUUGAUCAGAACAUAGUAGAAAAACAAAUGUGAAAUGUAGCCCAGACUUUGGAUUUUGUACAAUUGAUAUUCAAAGGAAAAAUCAACAAUGCUGUUAGAUCCGGCUGCCUUAGCUUACACGUGAGUCCUUUUUUUUAGUCGUGUUAUUCAUAUCUUGUGCUUUCUUGGGGAUUGCUCUAUAAUUGGGAUUUUGUUAGCACUUUCUGGUAUCAAUUUACAUUGACACUGGCUUAGGUAUAGUGGUUUUAUUACUAAAUAAAUUAUGUCUUGCUACUAAUGUAAAAAUAACUUUAAAAAGAUAUAGAGGCACCAUGUCCAGCCGCAAAGGGGGCAGUAAGAAGCCCCUGAAGCAGCCCAAGAAAUAGGCCGAGGAGAGUCAACAGAAGGCGUUCAAGCAGGAGCCAAAAGAGGAGCAGAAGAAACUCCAGGAGCUAAAAGGCCAAGACCAGGCCGCAGGGAAGGGCCCCCUGGUCACAGGCAGAAUUAAGAAAUCUGGCAAAAAGUAAAUUGUUCCUUGUGCCUGAGGCAAUGGUAAUCCUUAAUUCCAUUCCUGUUUAAACAUCUGGAUUCCCUGUCAUAACCCUGUUGCUGCCGAUAGCUAGAAUGGAGUGUCUUAGAUCCUGUUGUACAUUUAAGAAUAAACUUUUGU